CACCACCAAGCGCAGGCGCGAAUCCAUUCCCCAGACAAAUCAAGCCACCGCUCACCACCCACCACUCAACCACGCACCCCGAAAACUGCACACUGUAGUAUGAGCGCUUAAAUAGCCCGGUGCCAGCCCGGACGAGGAUUGUUGCCAAUUCCUCCAUUGGUGACCCCCCAACAUACAUAAUCUCGAAUUCUGACACAGGAGUGUGUCGCGAUAGCAACCAAAAUGGCCCCCGAACGGACCAACACAACCUGGGAGCACGGGUACCACACACUUCGCCGAGAGAAGUUGUUUCGUAACCCUCCUACCGACCAAACCGCAUACCCAGCACUUCAAGAGGCUGUCAACCCACACAUCGAGGCUUUUAACGCUCUCUUCCGCAACGAUGGCAAGCCAAGUUUGCUCGACCACGCCAUCGCCGAGAUAGGGACUAAGACGUUCCUCGAUGGUGACGAAAGGGCCGAUCCCGCGAGCAGAAACAAGUUGACGGUUCGCUACAAGAGUGUCACUCUCCAAAAAGCUCAGGUUGCACAGUCCAACAAGUUCGCAAAGAGACGAGAGAUCUUUCCGGCCGAGUGCAGAGAGCGGCAUGUCUCUUACCGAGGCAAACUCACAGCCGUUCUCGAGUACCGUAUCAACAAUGGCGACGCCCACGAGUUUGUCCGUGAGCUGGGGCAAAUGCCCAUCAUGGUCAAGUCCAACAAGUGUCACUUGGAAAACAACAGCCCCGCGCAGCUCGUGGAGAGGAAAGAGGAGUCGGAAGAAUUGGGCGGCUAUUUCGUUAUCAACGGUAUCGAGAAGAUUAUCCGUCUGCUGCUCAUGAACAAGAGGAACUUCCCUCUUGCCAUCACCCGUCCUAGUUUCACGAACCGAGGUCCUUCCUACACACCGCAUGGUAUCAUAGUACGAUCGGUCCGGCCAGACGAAACCUCACAGACCAAUGUGCUCCAUUACCUCAACGACGGCAAUGUCACAUUCAGAUUCUCUUGGAGGAAGAAUGAGUAUCUUGUGCCAGUCAUGAUGAUCUUGAAGGCACUCGUUGAGACCAACGAUCGCGAGAUCUUCGAGUCCUUGGUUGGCCCACCCACCUCCAAGGGGGUGGAGAACACCUUCUUGACGGAUCGUGUCGAGCUUCUUCUACGCACGUACAAAACCUACAAUCUAUACACCAAGAAGCAAACGCGAGCCUAUCUUGGCCAAAAGUUUCGGGUCGUGCUCGGCGUGCCGGACACCAUGACUGAUUACGAGGUCGGCACCGAGUUCCUACGGAAGGUGGUUCUUGUUCACCUUGGCUGCAACGAUGUCACAGAGGAGCAGGACACGGACAAGUUCAAAAUGCUCUUGUUCAUGUGCCGAAAGCUCUAUGCCCUUGUCGCCGGCGAUUGUGCCGUUGACAAUCCUGACGCUGUCCAGAACCAAGAAAUCUUGCUCGGCGGUUUCCUAUACGGCAUGAUCUUAAAGGAGCGACUUGAGGACCUGCUGUCGACUGCGUUGAGGGGAGCACUGCGCGACCAUCUGAGGCGCAACCCAACCGACUCAUUUGUCUCUGAGAGUUUCAGAAAGCAGUUCCCAGGGCACAUCUUCCGCAAGACGAACGAGAACAUCGGUAACGCUUUGGAGUAUUUCCUUUCGACGGGCAAUCUGCAGAGUCCUUCCGGCCUUGAUCUUCAGCAGGUGUCUGGUUUUACCGUUGUGGCGGAAAAGCUCAACUUCCUUCGUUUCAUCAGUCACUUCCGCAUGGUCCAUCGUGGUAGUUUCUUCGCGCAGCUCAAGACCACCACGGUCCGUAAGCUGCUGCCAGAGUCCUGGGGCUUCCUCUGUCCCGUCCAUACUCCUGAUGGUUCGCCCUGUGGGUUGUUAAAUCACUUUGCUCACAAGUGCAAAAUCACCACGGAAGCCGCUGAUGUCUCGGCCGUCCCUGGGGUGCUGCUGGAGCUCGGAGUCAACAACUAUUCCUCAGCCGCCACUACUGAAAGCGUGGUAGUGAUGCUUGACGGCAAGGUUGUAGGCUGGUGUGCUCCGCAGAACGCCAAGCCUCUCGCCGACACCUUGCGACAGCUGAAGGUCGAGGGUGGCCAUGGGAUUCCCCUUGAGCUUGAGAUUGGUUAUGUCCCCACCUCCAAUGGCGGCUCGUACCCAGGUAUCUACAUGGCAUCCAACACCUCGAGGAUGGUCCGGCCCGUGAAGUACCUCGCUCUGAACAAGGAGGAUAUGGUAGGUCCUUACGAACAGCCUUACAUGUCGAUUGCUUGCGUAGAACAAGAAAUUGUUCCUGGCGAUUCGACUCACGUCGAGUUUGAUCCGACCAACAUCCUGUCCAUUCUGGCCAACAUGACACCAUUCUCGGAUUUUAACCAGUCUCCCCGUAACAUGUACCAAUGUCAGAUGGGUAAGCAAACUAUGGGCACACCAGGCGCAGCACUCGCGCAUCGGACGGACAACAAAAUGUACCGCAUUCAAACCGGUCAAACACCAGUCGUCCGAUCACCACUGCACAACACAUAUGGUUUCGACAACUUCCCCAACGGAUUCAACGCCGUGGUUGCCGUCAUUUCCUAUACCGGUUACGACAUGGACGACGCCAUGAUUAUCAACAAAUCAGCGCACGAACGUGGUUUUGGCCACGGUACCAUCUACAAGACCAAGAAGAUCAGUCUGAAGGAUGACUCGAGGACACGCAGCUCCAAGACCACCACCAAAAUGUUUGGGUUUGCUCCGGGAAGCCCCAUCCGGGCGUCUGAUCGGGAGAUGCUCGACGAGGACGGACUGCCCUAUGUUGGCCGGCUGGUCAGGGAAGGCGAUAUCAUCGCCGCCUGGCACACCGUUUCGGCCGACUACUCGGGUAAGCUGGUGAACCGGGAUGGUAUCACGCAUUGGGAGCGAUACAAGGAGGCCGAAGAUGCCUUCAUUGAGGAGGUUCGCGUGAUUGGCAGCGACACUGGAAACGAGCCUCUUCAGACCCUCUCGAUCAAGCUUCGCGUUCCCAGAUCUCCGGUCAUCGGCGACAAGUUCUCUUCUCGUCACGGUCAGAAGGGCGUUUGCUCGCAGAAGUGGCCUGCUGUCGACAUGCCCUUUUCGGAGACGGGCAUCCAGCCUGAUGUCAUCAUCAACCCUCACGCUUUCCCGUCCCGCAUGACAAUUGGCAUGUUUGUCGAGUCUCUUGCAGGCAAGGCAGGCGCGCUACAUGGUCUUGCUCAGGACUCGACGCCGUUCAAGUUCAGCGAGGAGAACAUGGCGGCCGACUACUUUGGGCAUCAGCUGAUGAAGGCUGGCUACAACUACCACGGAAACGAGCCCAUGUAUUCCGGCAUCACGGGCGAGGAGUUCAUGUGCGACAUUUACAUUGGUGUUGUCUACUACCAGAGACUGAGACACAUGGUAAACGACAAGUACCAGGUCCGUACGACUGGUCCAGUCGUGCCGACAACCGGACAGCCGAUCAAGGGCCGCAAGAAGGGUGGUGGUAUCCGUGUGGGAGAAAUGGAGCGCGAUGCUCUGUUGGCGCACGGCACGGCCUUCUUGCUCCAGGAUCGCCUGCUCAACUGCUCCGAUUACUCCAAGUCGUGGAUCUGCCGAGACUGCGGGUCAUUCCUGGCCGUGCAGCCGACGGUAUCUCCGUUUAUUGGAAAGCGAAAGCAAGUCGGCACUGUGCGCUGUCGAAAUUGCGCGCAGCGUCUGGACCAGAUCGAGGACCUGGACCUCAUGAAGCUGGAUGGCGAGAUUUGGGAGGACGGGCAGGGCGUCCAGUGGAUUGGUGGAGAGAACACCACCAUGGUGGUGGUCCCUGGUGCGCUCAAGUACCUGGAUGUCGAGCUUGCGGCGAUGGGCGUCAAGCUCAAGUAUAACGUGGACAGCAAAGAUCAGACACGGAGAAGUGCCCUGAGACCAACAGCGCCCAAGCUGCUUCCGAGUGGUGUGGCUGCGGCUUAA